AGAAUUUACAAGAAAAAGAAGGCGAAGUGCAUGAUGUCUCUGUGUGUAGCGACAAAGAGGUGCUACUCCUCCACGUGAUAGGGCGGCACUAGCGGCGGCAUCUCGCUCUAACUCUCUCUCUCUCUUCUCUUCUGGGCCCUCAUCGUUGGCGACGACUUUUCACGUGCAAGAGCUUCGCCUCCGACCUGGAAAAUUCGUCCCUGGCGUGGCCCACUCCGCGAUAGAAGCUUGAAGAAUUUUUCGCGCAUCAUUCACACCAUGUUCAAGGUCCCGGAUCAUCAAGUGGCCGGUCACCGAGCAGAUGGCGGAACACUGGGGCCGCUGGUGGAUGAUUUGGGCCGCUUCUAUAAGCCUCUCCAGAGCGAUCAGCGUGGAGACACAGAAGUGGCCUUUUACAACUCAUUGUGUUCCAAUACCGAGAUCCCAAGUGACAUUCGCGAAUUGUUUCCCGUGUUUCACGGAACUCAGAUUAUAGAGGCGUCUGAUGGAUCGGGUCCUCAACCUCACAUGGUUCUGGAGGAUCUCGUCGCGGGUCGUGUGAACCCAUCUGUCAUGGACAUCAAGAUGGGAUCCAGAACAUGGUAUCCCGAGGCCUCUGAGAAGUACAUCCAGAAGUGCUUAGAGAAAGAUCGAAAGGGCACAAGCGUUUCACUGGGGUUCAGGAUUUCGGGGCUCAAGGCAUAUCAGAGUAGCAAAGCCGCGUUUUGGCAACCUGUCAAGAAGGUUGUUGAUAGCUUUAACGCGGACGAUGUCAGGUUGGCUCUGAGGAAGUUCGUUUCUUCUAACUUGUCUUUGGGUUCAAAUGCGGAUCCGGAUUGUUUGUAUGCAUCAACAGUCUACAGUCACGGGGGUGGGAUAUUGGCACAAUUGUCACGGCUGAAGCAAUGGUUCGAGGUUCAGACAAAUUAUCACUUCUAUUCUUGUUCGAUCCUCAUCUUUUAUGACGGGGAGUCGGCUUUGGAUGGCUGUGCAGACCCAAAACUUAAACUGGUGGACUUUGCACAUGUGGUGGAUGGCCACGGCGUGAUCGAUCACAACUUCCUGGGUGGCCUCUGUUCUUUGAUCAAGUUUAUAGGUGACAUUGUUGAUGAAGAUAACAAGUGUACAAAGUGCGAAGUGAAGCUCGCAUAGGAAAAGGCCUAUAUAAGAGCAACACAGAAGCAGAACUUGAUUGCGAGGCCUCCCAGUGGGAACUGGAGACUAAUUGCAUUCGUGCUCUGAUUUGGGGUUCAGACUAGGUAUAAUAACACUCUGAAUUAGUCGUA